AUGAAACUUACUUCAGUGAAUCCUAUGUUCUAUGACAUGGCAACAGAUCUAGACACUUUCAUGGUUAGACCAGAGAAAUUAAAUAACUUAGCAUCACCAUCACCACUAUCAUCAUCAGUGUCACAUUGUAACAGUCCCAAACAAGGCACAGCUUUUGCUGAUACAACCACCAUGACUCCGACCAACAUUUUCCAAACUACUAAUGACUACAACCACCUUUUGGAUACUUCAGCUUCCGUUUUUCUUCAAAGACAGAGAUCAAACGUCGUCUCUGAGGAUGGUAGCCAUUUUUGGGAGGUAGAAGAUCAACGACAAAAGUUUCUUAAUUCACAUGGAUUCAACAACAACUUAUGUUCAUUUUCAUUAAUUUAA